AUGUCGGUAGAGCACAGCGUAUCGGAUCCGCAGGCCAGACGCAACCGUAGGUCGCAUCGUAAGUCCCGACUCGGGUGUGCCUUUUGUAAGCGCCGCAAAAUCAAGUGCGACGAGAAGAGGCCUGCUUGCACUCAGUGCGCCAAACGUUCUCUUCGUUGCGUCUACAUUUCCUAUGUCGACCAGUGCAACGUUGAAAAUGAUUCAUCGGAGCAUCCAGAUGCCGCCACACCUACCUCUAGCCUACCUGUCGAGGUCCGUCAUGCAUCGCUAGAAGUCCAGGACUUCCAGCUAUUCCACCAUUUCUGCUCCUUCACAGCACCGAGCUUCACCCCAGACAAGGAAAAACAGUCUUUCUGGAACAUGACCGUUCCGCAGCUCUCCUUCAAACACCCGUUUCUUCUCCAUGCCAUCCUUGCCGUAGCUGGUCUCCAUUUGGACCACAUCGAGAAACAGAGACUCUGUCCCCGGCCACUUUGGUACGGGGCACAAGCCACGCGGCACUGGGAAGCGGCUCUACGCCUUGCAACCCCCCGCCUGCUGGAGAUGAACUCGGACUCGUACGCGGCUCACUACCUCUUCGCCACCAUCACAUGCCUCCACACCGUCGCAGUCGGACCCCAGGAGGGGAAAUUUCUUCUGUUCAAUGACAACGCCGCGCCGUCGGACUGGAUCGUAUUCUUCCGGGGCAUGCGCUCUAUCCAGGACACCCGGGAUCUUCUUGAUCGGGAAGAUGACGAAUGGGCCCUGGCAUUUAUCUUGUCUGAGGUUGACCUCGAAGCUGUCGACACGGACGGUGCGCUCCCCUUCGCCAGCGAGGGGCUCGAGGAGCUUCAAGGGUUUCUAGAAGAAUACGUCAUCUCGCAGGACCCAGGCCGCCAAUCUUACCUGAAGGCAUUCCGCCUCCUACAGUCCUGCUAUAGCUUGGUAUUCAGCGAGAGGGACCGCUCGCUCAGAGGAUCGGCUCACGUCAUCUUCGCGUGGCUAUACCAGGUGUCGGACCAGUAUCUGAAACUACUCGAGGAGAAAGAGCCGCGGGCGCUGAUCAUAUUCGCCUACUUCGUUGUGCUCGUGAAGCAGAUGGAGUCGGGGUGGAUGUGGACAAGGUGGCCAGGCCACUUGAUAUCAGGAGUCUGGAAAUCCCUGCCACCCAGGUGGAGGAUCAAGAUUCGGUGGCCCAUGGUUCGGGUUGGCUGGCUCCCCAGCAGCAGCUGGGUUGAGGAGAAAGACGUGCGUAACGUUGACCAGAACCCGGUGCGCAGCUUCUAG